GAAGGGGAUGUUGCAGGUUUGGAGAGAAGCCUGGCAGGGUGCCUAAAUGCAGUGUUCCAAGUAGAUGAAAAGACGAACACACCUGUCCACUGUAUCCCCCCACAUCAUGUCUGUGCCACACUGGAGAUGCUGUCUGUCUUGCUUCCUGCAAAUGGGUUGGAUAAUGUACACACUAAGGAGUUGCGGUCCUGCGUGUGUGGUCUACUGUGUUACAUCUACAGACAUGUGCCCGAGGGUUAUGAGGGGUGUGUGAGUCUGAGGCAACACCACCUGCAACAGGCCGUCCUGGGGCUACUGCAGCACCUGGGGACAGCUGUGCACCUGGGGACAGCUGCUGGUUCUCAGCAGUAUCUAGUCCCUUGCCUCUUUGAAGCCAUUUCUGCCAAGAUGCCUCCUGUCAAAGGUGAUGAUCCUGCUAGAGGUCAGGGUUCAUCUGACCAGGAAAGUGCCAGCAGUGGGGAUGAGAAGCUGGAGAAGAGGGGCAAGCUGUCUCGCAGGAGAAGCCUGCUUCCAACUCAGAGCCAGAGGGCAACAAGCAGCAAACAACAAAAACAGACUGGAGAUUCACAGUCAAUAGAGAAGCCAGAGGUUUACCAACUGUUGGAGAAGAAGUUGCAAGAGUUGUGCCUUAAGUUACAGCAAGAGCCUACAAAGGAGACUGUAUUAAGCCUGUUGGAGGGUAUCAGAGUUGCUGUGGAAGUCUCAGUGAGGUGUGCAGCAAGUCGAGGCAUUGUGAAGGAAUGGCUUCCUGCCAGCUACCUGCAGAACCUGUGCAGUGUGUGGUUCAACACAUUAAAGCAGGCACCAGCCUUGUUGUCAAAGGACGACCUUAAGGAAUGUUACCUACUGGUGGUACAGUCAAUAGGUGCAGUGUUGUCUGUGUCAGAUAUAUCUGCAUUUGGAGGGGAGAACUUGCGGCUCAUGACUAUGGUGUUGUCUUUCCCAUGGCUACUGGAGGAUCAGAACUGGUUGGACCUCAGGGUUUCUGGCUGGUGUUCUGCAAAAGAAGCAGCUGAUCUGUGUGGACAGUUUGCUGAGGCUAUUGGUGCUGAAGCUGAAUCUCUAUGUGUUAACCUCUUGGCUCUUGUACCGAGAGAGGUGGCCCCUAAAUGGAGAAUCCACAUCAUGAAGGCUGCACUGAAUGACAGCAGUGUCCAAGUAAGGACCAGUCUGGUGAGAUCCUUCCCCAUCCUCCUGCACACCCUGGGCCACAACUCUCACCAUCUGGUGUAUGAUAUACUACACCCACUGAUCAGAGACAAGGUACCAGAGGUGCUCCAAGCCAUCUCCUCUACACUGGGACAACUAUCCUGUGUGGUAGCAAAGUCUACACACCUCUCAAGGAACAACUCCAGUGAUGACCAUCUGUACAAGGUGACAAGGCUUGGCUGCUCUGUCUGCCAACAGAAAGGCAUAUCUGGACCCACAGCCAGUGGACACCCUGUGGAUCCAUCAAUGUUCCUGCCUUUCACCCAGCUGUUACAGAACAAGGAUGAAGCUGUUAGGACUGGAAUGGUCGAGUCCAUCCCAGAGUUGUUCUCCCACAUCCGAGUGUCAGCGGACGUCCCUGCCUCCAUGUCCCUGCUGCAGAACUUCCUCUCUCCGGUGGAGGACUCCUCCUAUGAUGUCAGAAUGGGAUUCAGCAAACAGGUUGGCCACCUGGCGCGAGGGUGGUUGAGUGACUCGUCCAGCCCCCUGGUGGCCAAGCUGAAAUCUGCAUACCUGCGAGCAAACAGCAGCUCCAACAGUAUUCCUCUUCAGGAGACAGUGGUGCUUACCAUUGGGCAGUUGGGCAGAAUAGCUGAAGGUGACUUGUUUGGUGUAGUGUUGAUAAACCUGCUGAUCAGUCUGGUGUCCCUGUCCCCUGUGCUGGCAGCUCUGGCCUACAGUGAGAUUCAUGACAUUACGAAGGUCAGGAAGACAAACCUCACCUCCCUCCUCACCAAACAGAGGCCCAUCAUUUGUAAGUGGUUGUCUGAAGUUCUCCAUGACUCCCAGAGUUCUGGUGGCAGUUCUACAUGUAGACUGAAAAACCCUGCUGGAAUUUUGAGUGAGGUUGCCAGUGUCUUUGGAUGUGAAGAUGUCAGAAAAUUUUUGUUGAUGUGUCUCCAGACUCUCCUACCACAGCUGGUACACAAGGCCUGUCCUGAAACAUCUGCCAUCAUCAGACUCAUUGCCAAGGAACUGGAAAUGAAUCGACAAGACCUGCUGAUCAACAACUUCAAGUACAUCUUCCGCUACCUGGCCUGUAACUGUAAGACAGACGAGAAGGAGAGGGCACUUGAGUUUGUACAGAACGAGACCCAGAUAGAGCUGAGGAGCCUCCUGAGGUCCGACUACCAGGGGCUCCACAACGAGCUGCUCCUCUAUAUCAGCUCCCACUACAGCCAGGUCUUCGCUGGUCUGGCCACCGUGGCUGCUUCCACCCGCGAAGGGAAGGGCAAGGGCAAGGUCCCCAGGGAGAUCACUACAGCACAGGAGAUGGCUGAGUUUCUACAGCCAUGUUUGCUGGGUAUCCUGGCUUUUUUUGACUCCCAGCUGCUCACCACCUCAAUACCAAUGGAGGAUAAGAAGUUGGCACUGGAGAGCCUGAUCACCUUGAUGAAACUGAUGGGACCAAAACACAUCACAACUGUGAGAGUCAAGGUCAUGACUACAUUAAGGAUUUGUCUCAGAUUCAAAGUUAAGGGGUUUCCCGAACUGAGCUGCAGGGCCUGGGACUGCUUUGUGCACAGUGUGGAGUUGUCGUGUCUGGGCCCCAUGUUGAGUCAGAUCGUGGUGACCCUCCUACCCUUACUACAGACACAGGCAAAGCCUGUCGCAGGCAUCUUCAGCUUCCUCAUACAGGACAAUAGGGAAGCUUUGCAGGACCACUUCCAUGAACUGUACUUCAUGCCAGAGCUGCCGGAACUUUCCAAGAUCAACGCUGUGCUCAAACAACAUAUAGAAACACCAUCCAGCCAAUCUGACCUGAAGAGUCAGCUGAAGCACUCCCUGAAGGGGCUGGGGCACGAGAGCCUGGAUGUGAGACUACACGCCCUCUCCAAGCUCAAGCAACAGCUGCAUGCUAACCAGGUGGCGCUACAUGAGAUGGUGGAGGGGAGUGAGACUGCUGAUCCAAUCAUCUCACACCUGGUGUCAGUGCUGUUGUCUUCCUGUCGUGAGUCUGACAAGACAGCGAGAAGCCUUGUAGGAGAGUGUCUGGGAGAACUGGGUGCUAUUGAUCCAGGAAGAUUGGAUCUUAAGGCCCAUGGACAAAAGGAAGAACUAUCAAAAUUCCAGGCUGGAGUUGAUGAUAUCAACUUUGCCCAUGACCUGAUCAUGGAGCUGGCUCGAGCCUUCCUGGCCGCUACCGACACCAGGUCACAGGACUGCUCUGCAUUUUCCAUACAAGAGAUACUUCAGACAUAUGAGUGUCGGGAGGGAACAAAGGACACCCUGGGGCGAAGGCUGUGGAGGGGGUUUCCAGAACACAUUCAGGAGAUUCUUUUACCUCAUUUACACUCCAAGUACAUUGUGUUCUCCACUGCUACAUGGACCAACAUGAAGAAGCCCAUCUACCGUAGUAACAAAGGGAGCACCUUCCAGGACUGGGUCUACAACUGGACAGGCUACCUCAUCACUAAGGUAAAGCAGGACAUGGCGUCCCGUGUGUUCCGUGCCUGCAGCACUGUCACCAAGUACAAUGAAACUACAGCUCUGUUCCUGCUGCCCCAUGUGCUGCUGCACGCACUGUUGGAUGGCAGCACUGAAGAGAAACAGGAGGCCUGUAACGAAAUCCUGGCAGUUCUGAAGUACGCUGAAAAGAUGGAGGAGAAGGGGGCGCAGGAUUUCUCCCACAUGGCAGCGCAGACCGUGUUCUCGGUGCUGGACCACCUCACACGCUGGUGUCGCCACAGACAGCUCACCCUGUCGGUACAGAGGGACGAUGGGAAAAAGGGCAACAGGUCAUCAGAUAGGGUUCUCCUGCGAGACGACAGCCCGUACAACUCGGUGCAGGGUUUCCUGGACCUGAUCCCUCAGGACGUGCUGGCCGUGGCAUCCUUCCACUGCAGGGCCUACACGCGGGCACUCAUGCACUUUGAGUCCUACCUGUCCGCCAGUAAACCUGACAUAGAACCACAGUUGUGCUUGUUACAGAAGCUGUAUGUAGCCAUGGAUGAACCAGAUGGGGUAGCUGGGGUGAUGGCCAUACGUAAGAGUGAGCCUGACAUUAAGGAACAGAUUCUUCAGCAUGAGAGCAUAGGAGAGCUGCGUGAUGCGUCUGCGUGCUACGAGCGAGCGCUGCAGACGGAGGCCAGCACCGUGCCUCACCACCAGGGCCUGCUGCGCUGCCUACUGGGGCUGGGACAGCUCACCACGGCCAUGGUGCACGUCAACGGGGUUCUCGCAGAUAAGCCAGAGUGGACCAAGGACCUGAAUGCCUUCAGGGUGGAGGCCUCAUGGCAGCUGGGUAACUGGGACGGACUGGAGAACUAUCUGAAAGUCUACAAUGGAAAGUCUGAGAGCAAGGGUUCCAGUAACUGGAGUGUUGGACUAGGAAAGAUUCUUCUGGCUGCAAAACACAGGGAUGAGGAAGACUUCUGGCACCAGCUGCAGAUUGUGCGGAAUGACCAGAUGGGCCCGCUGUCUGCAGCCAGCAUGGAGAGUGGGUCGUACCAACGGGGAUACGACUACAUUGUCAGACUGCACAUGUUGUGUGAGCUGCAGCACGGAGUGAAGGUGCUGCUGAGGAGGGAGGAUGCUGGGGAGCAGGAGGACGGGAGUCUGGACCUGGAGGCGCGGGCUCGCAUCACGCAGUCGUCCUUCCGCACGCGGGAACCUCUCUACAGCCUCAGGAGGUGUAUCAUCAACAUGGCUGGCAGUCCUGAUACAGUAGGUAAAGAGCUGGGACACUGCUGGCUCCAGAGUGCUAAGAUCGCCCGUAAGGCGGGUCAUCUCCAGACUGCCUACAGUUCCCUGCUGAACGCCAGCACCUACAGUCUACCUGAACUGCUGGUCGAGAAGGCCAAGUGGUUGUGGCAUCAGAAUGACCAGCACCAGGCCCUGAUCACCCUACAGAAGGGUGUGGCUGAGCACUUCUCUGACACUGCCUACAUGAACUGUGGCAGCUCCGAGGCAGCCAGCGCUAAAAAACACACACAUGCCAAGGCCCUGCUUCUAGUUGGUAGAUUGAUGGAGGACACUGCUAUGUAUGAUAGCAACCAAGUCAUGAAACAGUACAAGAGUGUUGUGGAGGUUUACCAAGAGUGGGAGGAUGGACACUUCUAUCUGGCUAAGUACUAUGACCGCAUCAUGACUACCAUGCGUGAAACACCAGUCAAGGCAGGAGAAAUCAUCCUGUACGUGGUGACGUACUUCGGGCGCUCCCUGCAGUACGGUAACCAGCACAUCUACCAGUCCAUGCCGAGGCUACUGGCUCUGUGGCUUGACUACGGAGCAAAGGUGUCAGAUUUGGAGAAAGCUGGAAGGGCAGAGAGGUCAAACAUGAGGGUUCUGCUCCCAAAACUUAACGAGAUUAUUGCAAAUCUCACCAGGAAGUUGGCCCCGUACCAGUUCCUGACGUCCUUCUCACAGCUCAUCUCACGCAUCUGUCACUCACACGCAGAGGUCCUCACCAGACUGGAGGAUAUUAUUGCCAUGCUGUUGGUGACCUUCCCACAGCAGUGUAUGUGGCUAAUGAUGGCUGUGUCUAAGUCAACAUCUCUGAUUCGGAAGAAGCGUUGCCAGGACAUCUUCAAGAAAGCCAAGUCCAUGAACAGUGAGCUCAACCAGUUCAUACAGGAUGCCACGAGGCUGGCUGACAAGCUCCUGGAGCUGUGCAACAAGCCGGUAGAUCCAGGUGUGCAACACUUCAGCCUCAGUCUGCACUUCAAGUCACUCAAGAGACUGCUGGAGGACAGGGCAUACUUCCUCAUGUGCAAACCUCACGAUGACCUGCGGAAAGACUGUCGGCUGAUGGAGUUCAAUGCCAUUGUCAAUAAAUGUCUGAGGAAAGACCCAGAGUCUCGCAGAAGGCAGCUGUACAUCAGGACAUAUUCAGUGGUUCCCCUGAAUGAAGAAUGCGGGCUGAUAGAGUGGGUAAACAACACCCACCCUCUACGUCAGGUGCUCAUCAAGAUCUACAAGGAGAAGGGCAUGUACACCAGGGCUAGUGAGUUCAAGCCUUUCCUCUCAAAGGACUUGCAAAAAGAGGAGAGACUGCACAUGUUUCAGAACACCAUCCUACCCAAACACCCUCCCGUGUUCAGGGAAUGGUUCCUGAAAGUGUUCCCUGAUCCAACCUCAUGGUACCAGGCCCGUCUGAACUACUGCCGCACCACAGCGGUCAUGUCCAUGGUGGGGUACAUCCUGGGGCUGGGGGAUCGGCAUGGAGAAAACAUCCUGUUCGACUCCACCAAUGGGGACUGUGUGCAUGUGGACUUCAACUGUCUCUUCAACAAGGGAGAAACAUUUGACUGGCCAGAGUUGGUGCCCUUCCGUCUCACACACAACAUGGUCAACGCAAUGGGUCCCCUAGGGUAUGAGGGGAUCUUCCGACGGGCCUGUGAGACAACCAUGAAAGUCAUGAGGGAACAGAAGGACCCUCUCAUGUGUGUGCUGAGGUCCUUUAUCUUCGACCCCUUGGUGGAGUGGUCCCGAGUGAACAAGAGCACCAGGUCUGUGGUUCCUGAGUCAGGAGAGAUCAGCAAUGAGAAGGCUAUGACACAUGUGAGGGACAUUGACCAGCGGCUUCAGGGGGUGUUCAAGAAGAUGCGAGGACUUCCACUGUCCAUCGAAGGCCAUGUUCACCAUCUCAUACAGGAGGCCACAUCAGACCUCCUGCUGUGCCAGAUGUACAUCGGAUGGGCAUCUUUCCUGUGACCUGGAGGGUCUGCUCUGGCCUAACAGAUUAAUGGUACAUGUACCUCAAAGGCCUACAGUAGGAAACAGUUGGAAAACACUUGACCUGGACUACAAGGGCUUAACUACUUCCUUAAUGCUAUUUUUGAAACAUGCAGAAAGGACUAUUUGUUGCUGAUUUCCUCACAGAUGUACGUGAAGGAUCCAACUCAGUCUUUGUUUUGUGGCAU